GGCGGGGCCGGCCGUGGCCUUGGCCCGGGCCUGGCCGCGGCUCCCGGCUAGGGGGAGGGGCGGGGCCUGCGCCGCGGCCGCUGCCCCAUGGCCGAAGGAAGCUGCCCCGACAGCCCCCUCGGCGGCGGCCCCGGCCCCGGCUCCGGCUCCCAGUCCGGGGAGGCUGGCCCCAGCCUGGACGAGCAGCCCCGCGGCUGGAGGGGGGCCCCGUUCGGGGCUACGGACGGGAACGCAGGUCCUAAUCUGAAGGAGUGGCUGCGGGAGCAGUUCUGUGACCACCCCAUCGAGCACUGCGAGGACACACGACUGCACGACGCAGCCUACGUGGGCGACCUCCAGACCAUCCGCAGCCUGCUGCAGGAGGAGAGCUUCCAGAGCCGGAUCAAUGAGAAGUCGGUGUGGUGCUGCGGCUGGCUGCCGUGUACCCCGCUGCGCAUCGCCGCCACUGCUGGCCAUGGCAACUGCGUGGAUUUCCUGAUUCAGAAAGGGGCUGAGAUCGACCUGGUGGACGUGAAGGGCCAGACCGCCUUGUACGUGGCCGUGGUGAAUGGGCAUCUGGAAUGCGCCCAGAUCCUACUGGAGGCUGGAGCCGACCCCAAUGGCAGCCGGCAUCACCGCAGCACGCCGGUGUACCACGCCUCCCGGGUGGGCAGAGCUGACAUCCUGAAGGAGCUCAUCAGGUACGGGGCGGACGUGGAUGUGAGCCACGCGCUGGCGCCCGGGAUGCCGCCUCCUUCCCGCCGCCUCACCUCCCUGGUGGUCUGCCCGCUGUACAUCAGCGCCGCCUACCACAACCUCCAGUGCUUCAAGCUGCUGCUUCAGGCGGGCGCCAACCCCGAUUUCAACUGCCACGGCCCGGUCAACGUGCAGGGCUUCUGCCGGGGCUCCCCCGUCUGCGUCAUGGACGCCGUCUUGCGGCACGGCUGUGAGGCUGCCUUUGUCAGCCUGCUGGUGGACUUCGGGGCCAACCUGAACCUGGUGAAGUGGGAAGCCUUGAACGCCGAGGCGAGAGGCCGCGUGAAAGUGAACCCGGAAGCGUUGCAGGUUUUCAGAGAAGCCAGGAGUAAGUGCCCCCAGACGUUGCUGUGUCUGUGCCGGGUGUCCGUGAGGAGGGCUCUCGGCAAGUGUCGGCUGUACCUUAUCCCCUCCCUGCCCCUCCCGGAUGCCAUCAAGCAGUUCUUACUUCAUGAGCAGAAUUAAGACGUGGGCCUCGAUCACGGGGUGCUCCUCGAGGACAGAAGCAGGUGGUCUGCCCGUCCCUCUGCCUCUCCCUCCCCGAGCCCUCGAGAUGGUCCUCACGUGGCUGCUUCUUACUGAUGUGAAUGAGGGGCUCCUGUCUGUGCCGUGUUGUGGAGAGGGUCGACUCUCGGUCAGCUUUGAUCCAACGCUGGCUCGUUGUCGGUGGGGCGAUCGCAGCGCGCAGCACAUUCGCUCCUUCUCCCUUGGGUUCUGCCCGUGGAUUUCUGCGGCUGAGCGAUCACAGCCACCUCCAUAGGGCAGGAUUGGGCCGAUGUGGGUCAGGGAUCGGAUCAGCUUCCAGAGGUCAGCUCACACCUCCGGAAGAACCACAAACGAGCAAGUGCUCUCCGUCUACUUCAGUAUCGGAUAGACAGGAGUCCGAGUGUUGGGAAAACGUGUUAACCAGAGGAAGAUGUUCGUCCUCCAGCAUUCAUGCCAGGAGUGUUGGGAAGAACAAAGAAGGGCACAGAUGUCCUCUCCAGGCUCUCCCAUUCUAGCGGGGGGCGUGCGGGGGUAAAAGCUGGGAUGCGGGCAGAGGGGAGUCGAGGAGCCCAUCUGAGGGAAGGGCUUUAGCCUGCCCUAUGGAUGCUGACCAUCCUCCACUGGAUCUGAGCCGGCAUCUGGCCGUCAGAGGUGUGAGAGGCACAAAAGCCACCACGCCGGUCUGUUUCUCUGCUCUCACAGUCAUCUACACACACACACACACACACACACACACACACACACACACAACUGCAUUGCUCCUGGAGUAGCUUCCGAAGAUGCAACGAACCGCGGCCUGGAGUCCGAGAGACAAAGCCCUGGGGUAUAGAACGUGGGGGGGAUUUUCUGGGAGCCAGACUGACAAGGACGGAGACCAAGACGGAGGCGGCCACUGGAUGCCAGGCCUGACGACGAGUGAGGAAACCAGAGCUAUUCAGCCUGGAAGAGAGAAGAACUGGGGAAGAGGACCUGGAAGAUGUCUGCAAGCGUUUGAACAACGGCCCGUGGAAGGACAAACGGACGUGUCCGACCUGUCCAAAGCAGGCACAGUUGCGGGACUUGGAGAGGGAGAUCCCCUCCCGCUGAAAGAAACCUUUGAAAUGGAUGGAUCAGCUGUUCAGAAAGGGAAGGACGAGAUCGAAGGGCGAGUUUCCUCUCACUGAAGGUACCCGAUGUGGAUUGGCGCAAGCAGCAUCUCCGGCCCCUUCGGCUCGGUCCUCGGCCGCCUUCCCCUUCUGCCAUCCCUAUACUCCUUCCUUAGUGGGCCGGCGCACUUUCCUUUGGUCAUGUCUUUAAUUGUCCCAAACGUAGUUAUCUCAAGGCAAACCUUGAUCUUGGUCUCCCUCGAAUUCAUACCCAGAGUAGGACAAGCCCUGAUAUGUCAUCAGCGGGAGAGCCUGGAGUGUGGCAGCCUGCUAGCAAGGAAUAAGGCCUCCCAAUUUCUCACCUCCCAUCUCUUAGAUGAAAGCAGCUUUCCCCAGACGAUGGGUCAGCCACAAGAGGAGGCUCUAGCUCAAUGAGUAAAUCGAUCUUCGAGCAUGUAUUGGGCACCUGCUGUAUACUGGGUGUUGUGCUCCGUGCUGGCGACCUAGAGACACCGAAUGAAACAAUGCCUGCCUUCCUGGACCUCAAAUGAUGCAGGAGUGUCCAGAAUGCACGAGACGGCGGGCGGACCAAGUGCUCGACCAACAGCAUUCACUGCCAUCCCACGCAGGACAGCCAGGCAAGGAGCGGCGUCAGGGAUACAAAGGCACAAGUGAGGGUCCUUUCUCUCCAAGAGCAUGCUUUCUCCUGGUGUGUGGGGGGUGGAAGAUAAGGGCUCUGCCUCACCAGCACCCCAAAUCCCCCCAGAAGCGUGCUUCUAAAUGCCGAGGUGCUGGCUGCUAGACAGCCAGACUUCUGGAGAAUUGAUGGCAUUUUCUUUCUUGCUGCCCUGGGAUGAAAGGGCCUCCGAGGAUGCUCCUGACUAGAGCUGACGGGGACCUCUGAGGUCUUCUGUUAGGGUCACCCCCCCAUCUUUUCACCACGACUUUGAGGAAGGAAGAGAUUCCCCAGGCACGCAGCAUUACUCAUGACGGGCAUUUCCCGAGUGUGUGAAGGGACUGUUUCCAAAGGACGAUCUGUGACGGGGCAUCUGCAUGAAGGAACUUAAGUUCAGAGAACCUACGUGGCGUCCUCAAGUUACCCGGGGAGCAGGGUCAGAGGCGGCGUCCUCCCUGGCGCCAUGCUCGUGUCCCACGCCCCGGGCUUUAUUGCUGAGAAGCGUCCGGCCGGCCUCUGAGGUCCCUCCCCGCUGUAGGAUCCUGUGGUUCUGGGCCUUCCCGGCUGCCCAGGGAUUCCCAGCCAGAGGGAUCUGCGGCACCUCUGAAUCCGAAGCAAAUGGCGACGUGGUCCGUCAGGCCAGUGAAGGAAUGGCGUGGUGUGGACGGGAGAGGCUGCAGGAGCCUGAGAGCACCCCAAGGGAAUUGGCCGCAGAUCCCACAGGAGGGCCCACGAAAGGCUCGGCUGUGCCACGGACCAGCCCUGAAGGGGAGCUCCGGACCUUCCUGAGCUAGUGCUUGUGAUGGCCAAAAUGGGAUGCUCUGAAUUCGAAUGUGCAAAGCAGGGAUGACUGAGAAAGGGGGGACACAGUUUUUAUUAUGGAAUUGUGUGGUGGGACAAGGAGCCAGCCCCAAAGCCAGGAGCUCUCCCUGUGAGGGGCCAGGAGACCUUGAGCAAGUCCCCUGGCCGGCCGGUGCGCUAGGCAUCCGUCUAAUGCUGGAAGUUGUUAAAGAUAAAGAAGGAAGGAAGUACAGGGAGUGGCAGGAGGGACUUUCUUAGUCCGGGAGCUCCCCAGACUCUGGAAGCAGAGAUCCUGCCCUUGGCUCCCUCCCUGUACGGUUCGGUCUGCGUCUGUGACUUGAUGGAUGUCGGGGUUUCUGGGGCGGCUGCCCCGUCUCUCCCCACUGGCAGAGCAGGGCAGGCACCGAGGCGUGAAGCCUUUGGGGUCAUCCAUCCCGGCUUCCUUUGUUUGUGCCUUUGAGCUUCGUCAGAUGUGUCUGUGAUUCCCAACAACCCCCGACGCUCGGUCCUGGCGCACCCCAGAAUGGCCGCCACGGUCCCUGCCUCCAAGUGCCCAGGUUGGGUGGCCUCGAGCUGGGCGCUCCACUGAGCACCACUCAUGAGGUGGUUGGGGGGGUCAAGGAGGUUCGCAGAGGGGGACUGUGGCGGAGCCAGGGAUCGUGAGAGGCAGAAGCCCAUGGACAGGCGCUCGAGCUCCGGCCAGCCCCCCGGGACAAACGCUGGAGUUCACCGAGGGCUCGAUCCAAGGCACAGGCGAGCAGGGACGGCGAAGGCUUCUCCUGCAGGUCACGGGCCCCGGGGGGAGGGGAGCUCCCUGCCUGGACACGACACACCCGGAGCCUCCUGGGUGCGGCGAGCCAUUGCCUGACCUGUGCUGCCUUCCGGCCCUGUAGACGCUCUCGCUGCCCUCUGUGGGCGCUGAGCGAGGGAAGCCCGUGGGUGGCCCCUGGAAGGGGCUUGGUUUGAGGACGGCGGCCUCGUCUGUCCUCCCGUGAGCGGAUGGUCAUUGCCUGUCUGAGCCCCCUCUGUAGCCUCUCCUACUUGUGCGGCCCCGGCCCGGCCUGUUCUGGGUGCGAGAGAGCCCCAGAGAAGAGCGCUUGGCAAGGCCUCCGCAGCUCGGCCUCCGCUUCCCCUCCAGCCGCCCGUCUGCCUGAACUCCCGGCCUCCGUCCUUGGUAUUUACUGUCUCCAGUUCCCAGGGCCAGACUGAGCCUCCUGUGUGCUAAUCUAAUGUCACCCCAAUAAAGGCCGUGUCUCCCCCAA